AUGCCUCACCUUAUCUUACCAACCCCUGAGUGGAAAAGAGACCUCUACCGCCGGCUCCAGCAGGUCAGGGCUGCCCUUAUGGAGUGGGUGGCUACUAUUGAUGGGUACAUUGAGGCACUGGAGCCAGUGCAGACCAAACAGGAGUUUGACCAAGCAGUUCCCUUCAUGAAGCUCCCCUGUGUAGCCUCCACCAUGCCCAAAAGAUGCAAAUCUCCCUCGCCCACCAUUCCUACCACCAAAGGAGACUUCUAUCGCCCUCCGCAGACAGCCCACCUUCGACCUCCCAAUCGACUGUCACCUGUCGGAAUGACUGUUGACAGUGCUGACAUCACCGUUCCCGACACUGUCAAAUCCGCCAACACACCCGUUCCGAAAGAUCACCACACCAGCGCCAAUCCUGCUAUUACCACCAACCCGCCCCGCACCCCAGACCAUCAUCCUGCUGCCAACACCCUCACCAACACCAUCAUGCCUACGCCGUCGCUUACCCCUGACCAAGCCAAUGCUGUUCGUCGACAUAGUUCCACCCUGCCUACCUCGCCCAUUACUCCUACCUCACCCAUUACUCCUACCUCGCCUACCCGACCUAUGCCUGUUCGCAAGCGUAAACUCUCUGCCACCACCGAUCCUGCAGCCUCCUCUUCAGGAACUUCUGUCCCGCCUCGCCCUGUCAGCAAAGUUCCCACCAGCCCAACAUCCACUGCCACCGCACCUGCCCGUCCUGCCAAGACCCGUCGUCGCAAUGCACCCUCCAACAAGACUACUCAGCAUAUGCCCUCUCUGUCAACAGUGCCACCCAGACCUCCCGAGUCUUCCGAAAUGUCGGACAAGCAACUCUUCGAUCCCAAGUCUGAGUUUGGCCAAUCCCUCCUGGAACUCUGCAAGGCGGCUGAGAACGACAAUGACCUGUGGUACACGCUUCGCCAGAUUGGAGCUGUUCUGCUCAAACAGACCCCCCUUGCCCUCAAACCUAAGCAGAAGACCGACUUAGCUGAUAUUACGAGAGGUCUCUGUCUUGACUACAUCAAAGCAAACAAUAAUGGCCAUAUGCCUGCCGCAACCUGGACGCUUGACCCCCUUCCCGAGAGACGUAUCGACAGCACUCCAGAUGAGGACCCCCUCCACUUCCGUCGCCUAUUUGAUGCAGGUCCCAUUCUGAGGUGUGUACUCAGUGUGGCAAGCACGGACAUUGUCAUCACGGCCAAACAUCCGUCUUGGGUAGACAGUGAGGUGGGGUGGGAGAUGUUAGAUGAAAAUGGUGGGAUGUGGUUUUUCGACAAGCACCUUGGUUGGGAAUACGUCUUACCACUGGGGGCUAUCACCUUCCGGGUUUACAUGCCUGAAGAGUUAGACGGCUGGACAUCUGCGACUGUCCAUAAAACUGAGGUCGAAGUCCUCCCAGCUGUCUUGCGGAAGGUUUAUGAGAACCGCAUCACUGAGAGGCUGCUGGCGUCGCAAAAGUUGAUGUUGGAUGUGGACGCCUUCAUGUCAUACCAGUUAGACCUGAUGUAGAGCAUUAGAUUGAUC